CUACAGGCGCCCGCCACCACGCCCGGCUAAUUUUUUGUAUUUUUAGUAGAAAUGGGGUUUCACCGUGGUCUCGAUCUCCUGACCUUGUGAUCCGCCCGCCUCGGCCUCCCAAAGUGCUGGGAUUACAAGCGUGAGCCACCGCGCCCGGCCUGACCUUAUUUUUUUUGUUUUUGAGACGGAGUCUCACUUUGUUGCCCAGGCUGGAGUGCAGUGGCACGAUCUCAGCUCACCGCAGCCUCUGCCUCUUGUGUUCAAGUUCCCCUGCCUCAGCCUCCUCAAUAAUGGAUUACAGAUGCACACCACCAUGCCCGGGUAAUUUUUUGUAUUUUUUGUAGAGACGGGGUUUCACCCAGUUGGCCAGGCUGGUCUUGAACUCCUGACCUCAAGUGAUCCACCUGCCUCGACCUCCCAAAGUGCUGGGAUUACAGGUGUGAGCAACCACGCCCCGGCCCUGAUGGCCUUUCAAGGUCAUUCUUCUUUAAAUGUUUGUGAGCACCUCAGACAUGCCAGGAGGGGUACUGGAGGCAUUUACAGACAUCUUAUUUCUUCCUCUACUCAACCCUGCAAGGUGUAUCCCCAAUUUACAGAUGAACAUAUCUGUACCACGCAGUCCCCCUGCCAGAAUGGAGGCCAGUGCAUGUAUGACGGGGGCGGUGAGUACCAUUGUGUGUGCUUACCAGGCUUCCAUGGGCGUGACUGCGAGCGCAAGGCUGGACCCUGUGAACAGGCAGGCUCCCCAUGCCGCAAUGGCGGGCAGUGCCAGGACGACCAGGGCUUUGCCCUCAACUUCACGUGCCGCUGCUUGGUGGGCUUUGUGGGUGCCCGCUGUGAGGUAAAUGUGGAUGACUGCCUGAUGCGGCCUUGUGCUAACGGUGCCACCUGCCUUGACGGCAUAAACCGCUUCUCCUGCCUCUGUCCUGAGGGCUUUGCUGGACGCUUCUGCACCAUCAACCUGGAUGACUGUGCCAGCCGCCCAUGCCAGAGAGGGGCCCGCUGUCGGGACCGUGUCCAUGACUUCGACUGUGUCUGCCCCAGUGGCUAUGGUGGCAAGACUUGUGAGCUUGUCUUACCUGUCCCAGACCCCCCAACCACAGUGGACACCCCUCUAGGGCCCACCUCAGCUGUAAUGGUACCUGCCACAGGGCCAGCCCCCCACAGCGCAGGGGCUGGUCUGCUGCGGAUCUCAGUGAAGGAGGUGGUGCGGAGGCAAGAGGCUGGGCUAGGUGAGCCUAGCUUGGUGGCCCUGGUGGUGUUUGGGGCCCUCACUGCUGCCCUGGUUCUGGCUACUGUGUUGCUGACCCUGAGGGCCUGGCGCCGGGGUGUCUGCCCCCCUGGACCCUGUUGCUACCCUGCCCCACACUAUGCUCCAGCGUGCCAGGACCAGGAGUGUCAGGUUAGCAUGCUGCCGGCAGGGCUCCCCCUGCCACCUGACUUGCCCCCUGAGCCUGGAAAGACCACAGCACUGUGAUGGAGGUGGGGGCUUUCUGGCCCCCUUCCUCACCUCUUCCACCCCUCAGACUGGAGUGGUCCUUUCUCACCACCUUUCAGCUUGGGUACACACACAGAGGAGACCUCAGCCUCACACCAGAAAUAUUAUUUUUUUAAUACACAGAAUGUAAGAUGGAAUUUUAUCAAAUAAAACUAUGAAAAUGCAA